AUGGCUUUAGAAGAUUUAAUCAGUCCUAUAAUCUCUAAAGAAUGCUUUUAUAAGUUUACAAAAGAAGGAGAUUUAUUUGAUGGUCCAUGUUUUAAAGCAACUAUUAGUAAAUUAUUAGGAUAUGGAAUAAUUAUUGGCUCUUCACUUGUUAAAAUUCCACAAGUAAUAAAAGUUGCAAAAUGUAAAAAUGCAUUUGGUUUGAGUAUACUUUCAAUUAUACUUGAAAUGAUCUCUUUAACAUCUGUAAGCGCUUAUUCAUUUGCUAAUGGAUUUCCAUUCAGUGCUUAUGGAGAAGGAGUCUUUCUAGGUAUACAAGAUUUCCUCUUGGCUGUUAUGGCAAUAACUUGGACAUAUUCACAUAUUAAAGCUGUCCUAUUCUCUUGUGCUUAUAUGGCAUGUGUAGCUGUUCUUUUGUCUCCAACACUUCCAUUAUCAAUAUUGAUACUAUUUCAAACAGUUAAUCUUCCAAUUAUGUUAUCAUCUAAGAUUGCUCAAAUAUGGACAAAUUAUUGUAAUGGGAGUACAGGUCAAUUAUCAGCUAUUACAUUGUUCCUAUUUGCUUUAGGUUCAACUGCACGUAUAUUUACAUCAAUUCAAGAAACUGGUGAUCAUUUAAUGA